AUGAAUUCUAAUGAGAAUAAUAAUUCCGAGAACUACAGUGAAUAUUUCUCCAACACUAAAGAGUUCCUCGUCUCUGACGAAAACCUCAGAUGCUUCCGAAUAGCCGUCACGAUAUUUUUACGGGGAAUUCUUUACUUUUGUGGGAUUAUAACCAACUUUUUCAACGUCGUCAUCUUUCGUCGACUGGGUCUCAACAACAGCAUGAAGGUCGCCAUCUUUGUGACGUCGCUUGGUGACGUGGCUAUAAGCGUUCUCCUGUUCGCCGCCUCGAUAUGCCAUUUAUUGAGCGAACUCGAGCCGGAGAAUGAGUUUGAUUUGAAUGGAUUUAGUUUCUACGUUCUCGAAGACACGUCGUAUGUUCUAUAUUUAGCCUCCUGCUGGGUCACGGCUUACAUGUCCGUCGAGAAGUGCUGCUGCGUUCUGUUUCCUUUCAAGGUCAAGGUCAUUUUCACAACCAGGCGCUCCGUGGUUGCCAUGGUGAUUGUGUACGGCGUUGCUAUAACAACAAACUUGCACGUGUUGUACGGCAUAAGAAAAAUUGUACCGGAAGUCGAAGCGAAUUCUGCGUCUACGGGCAGAAGCCAGUGGACGCUUGUGUAUUCUGACGUCACAGAGAGCAUCGUCUGGUUGGUAAUCAAAUACAUUUUCAGCGGCCUGGUUUUGUUUGUGAUCAGCCAGGUUGUGAUGAUAUUGUCGUCUAUUUUGAUGGUGUACGGGCUGAGGCAAAGUUCAAAGGUGCGUGGAAAUCAAUUUGAACACAGCUUGAUAUCACUAACACAGGAAAAAAUUAAUCCUGACAACGCUAUUUCGGUCUUGUCACACUCAGAACGAAAACUUGUCAAAAUUGUCUUGAUGCUAUCGAUAAUGAUGAUAGUUUGCAACAUGCCGAGACUGAUAGCUUUCAUGAUUUAUUACAUCGUAGGUGAAGCAGAGUACAUCACGUACCAAAACUUGAACACACUCACGUAG